AUGCUCAGGCUCUCAAGAAAUGGGGGCCCUAGUGUGGAAAGAGUUAGCCGUGAGUUACUAGGCUUUACCCCUCCCCACCCCCGUACUUAUUCCUAUUCUUCUCCCUUCUUUCAUUUCCUCAUCCUUCUCUGGUUUCGAAUUCUCCCUUAUUUUCAAUUCUUUCUUCCCGUGGUGUUUGUUAUUAGAACCUACUUGAAGACCUUCUCCGGUACAUAUCAAAGUUCCCUUAUCGCUGUGGGGCGUUCCCUUGUUACUGCUUGCAGAAUCAUCUUCUUGAAGCGUGCGAUACAGCUCUCACGCAUGUGGAUACAAUUGCAUCUCGACCGAUUUUGUAAAGGAUGUGUCGUUGAUCGAUCGUCGCUCAGACUAUCUGGAUACACUCAGUCUUAG